AUGAAAUUCUUGCUCGGCUCGCAAGACUUGUGGGAGCUCGUGGAGAAUGGCUACACUGAAACAGAGUCACUUGCAGCAGAAGCAACUCUCACCGCCAUACAGAAGAGUGAGCUGAAGGAGAAAUCAAAUCAAGUGGCAGAAAGAAGUAACUUUGUAGAAAGGGAGCAGCCAGACACUUCAACAGUCUUGCUGACGUACCAGAAGAGUGAAAGCAAGAAUAAAGAUAUCUGGUAUCUGGAUUCAGGUGCCAGUAACCACAUGUGCGGCAUCAAGGAGUUUUUCACUGAGCUGAACGAGAUGGUACAAGGAGAUGUCACCUUUGGAGAUCAGUCAAAGAUUCUAGUGAAAGGCAAGGGCAAGAUAAUGAUCCAGACAAAGAUGGGUGAGAAUAGGUAUAUCUCUGACGUCUAUUAUGUUCCAGCACUACGAAAUAAUAUUUUGAGUCUAGGCCAGCUCCUUGAAAGAGGCUAUGAUAUACAUCUAAAAGACCUUACCCUCACUAUCAAGAAUAAAAAUAAAGUAAUUGCAAAGGUGAAUAUGUCUCAAAAUAGACUGUUUACCUUAAAUAUUCAUACUGACCCUGUCAAGUGCUUAAAGAUGAUUAUGAAGGAUGAGUCUUGGCUCUGGCAUUUGAGAUUCGGGCAUCUCGCAUUCAGUGGCCUAAAUCUUCUGUGGAAGGAGAAAAUGGUGAAAGGAUUACCGUAA